UUGUUUUCCAGCUUGGCUAAAGCUUUGACUUUAUUCACAUUCUUUCAUGGCUUAUCUAUCCAGAGACGAACUCGAUAAAUAUCUAAAGAACUUGGCGGCGAAACGCAACGAUUCAAGUACAAGUGUUCCGCCAUCGCCUGCAAGCGAAGCCAAGGGCGAAACUCCCAGCCAAAAAUCGAAUGCUAGCCGAUCGCCUACGACUUCUUCCACUGGAACUGGAAAUGACUCCUUGGCGUAUAACACGGCUAAAAAUGAUUUGGUGUAUCCCAUGCAGCAAAUGUCGUUGAACACUCCAAGCGACCACUCCAUUGACCGACAAGCCAAUAGCUUGAAAGAGGCCGUAGGCCUCAAAUCACCACCGGCGCAUCAGCAGCAGUAUGCCUCACCGACCAAGACAGGCGAUUCACGAGACGCAUUCGAAGCUUCACUGACCGGACGUCGACCUGGACCACCACCACGUCCAAAAUCGAUUUCGAAACCUGCAAACUAUAGGUCCCCAUCCAGUGAUCAAACACCGUCCGUACCAGCCCCUGCCACACCACCAAAAUCAACUUUCGUGGCGAAUACCCCACACAAUAAACCCGUGAAUACGCAGCCUGUGAAUUCGCAGCGUGUCAGUGUUCCGAAUCCGCUUUACAGUGACGUUCGUUGCAGUGGCUGCGGGCAAACCGUCACCGGUACGAUCGUGACGGCCCUGGGCAAAAAGUGGCAUGCGUCCUGCUUUGUAUGCUCGCAAUGUGGCCAUCGUUUGGAACACAGCUUGUUCUUUGAAAAGGAUGGUCAACCUUAUUGCAAAGACGACUAUACAAAACUGUUCAGUAGAGUGUGUGAUUAUUGUCACGAACCCAUCCAGCAGAAAGCGGUCAGUGCACUCGGAAAAUGGUAUCAUGAAGGCCACUUUAUGUGUCAUGUAUGCAAGACGCCUUUCGAUGAAAAUAGUCCCUUCAUGGUUCAUGAUGGCCAUCCCUAUUGUGAGAAGGAUUACUUGACCAAGUUUGGCCGUCAAUGCCAAGGAUGUCAUGAGUAUAUCCAGGGAGAAUUUGUGAAUGCGCUUGGCGGAGAUUGGCAUAAACAAUGCUUUGUGUGCACAGAAUGCCGCCAACCUUUCCCUUCUCAGAAAUUCCAUGUACGCAACAACAGACCCUACUGUGAACGUCACGCUCUCGGUCCAACAUCAACACCCACGGCAUCAUAUCCGCCGUCGACACCAGCGCCUGUAACAUCUUCCCCUUCCAAUCCUUCGCCACAGACAAAGCCGAGUAACAACCCUCCUUCUGGAAAGCAAUGCCACCGCUGUCGUCAGCCUAUCGAAGGACGGGCGUCCAAUGCGUUUGGAUACGAUUACCAUCCCAACCAUUUCCAGUGCAGUCAAUGCGACAGACUGCUUUCAGUACGAGUACCAGGCAUGUGGCAAGCUAAUCCUCAAGGGGAACUUGUAUGUAAAAUGUGCGCAAGAGCUACAUGAAAGAAAGAAAAAAGUUGAACAAAUAAGAACAAAAAAACAAAAUCGUUGA